AUGGACAGCGAUAGCGAUAGCCAAUCGUCCUCCGACAAUGAGACGCUUGAUUUUUUCGUGACGGUGUAUAACGAACUUGAAUCAAGUUCGAAUAGCCCAAAGAAGAAAAUGAUGGAUCGUGAUCGUAUACAUGCCAACGAAGUGUUAAUGAACGAUUAUUUUGUGGAGAAUCCGGUCUACAAUGACGAAACAUUUAGAGAUCGGUUCCGUUUACCAAAAGAAUUAUUUUUAAAGAUUGUUGGAGACAUCGAAGAAACUGAAGAAUGGUUUCAAGAAGGUUAUGACGCGAGGAGCAAACCAAGUUUCACGCCAAUACAAAAAUGCCCGUCCGCCAUUCGCCAACUAGGGACAGGUUCAAACAACGACAUCAAUGUUUUGCACACAUCGUCGUUGUUCCAAACCGUAACGGAUGGUACCGCACCCUUCUGUCCAUUCUAUGUUAACGGACGAUAUACAGAAGAGGCUUUCUUCUUGUGGAUGUGGGAAAACGACAACGAAAGCAAGAUGUAUAUCAAAGGGAGUUUCGGGUAUUUGGAUCCCGAGUACAUAAGUUGCAUGAAACUGACUCAAAAGUCAGACGUUUACUCUUUUGGAGUCGUUUUACUUGAAGUGCUAUGCGCGAGGCCCGCACUUGAUAAGACGCUUCCUUUUGAGAAAGCAAAUUUGGUGGACUGGGCGAUCAAACAUAUAAAGGAUGGGACUUGGAGAAAAUAG